UUGCGAACUAGCUGCUGACGGAAGUUCCAGGAACAAAGUUGUUUUCCCAAAAUUUUCAUUGACUGCAACUGUAACUGAUUUCAAAACCAUGGACAUGAAAAUUUUAAAACAAUCUGUGAGAGUUUUAUGUUAAUGACAAGAUGAGUAAACGACAGACACCUAGUGAGUUUUUAAAACAGAUAAUUGGACGACCAGUAGUGGUAAAAUUGAACUCAGGUGUAGAUUAUCGAGGUGUGCUUGCUUGUCUAGACGGUUAUAUGAAUAUUGCUCUAGAGCAAACAGAAGAGUAUGUAAAUGGACAGCUAAAAAAUAAGUAUGGUGAUGCUUUCAUACGAGGAAAUAAUGUGCUUUAUAUCAGUACUCAGAAACGAAGAAUAUGAUGAUACAAUUUUGUGAAAAAAUAUUUCGCUGUAAAAAUAUCAUUACCAUUUUGUAUGAGUUUCAUAAAUAAAUUUAACUCAUGAAAGUUGUAUGAAUAUUAGUUUAUGUGUACUACAGACUGAAGCAUAGAUACUUUGCGUAAAAAAGUUCACCUCUCUUUAAAUGUAAAUUUAUACUUAACUGAA